CUUUCAGCUGAUGAGUUUUGUGUCCUGUGUGGGAAUCAUCGUUGAUGAUGAGUGAAGACUGGAUAGGAAGUCUAGUGUCCAUUGACUGUGGCCCUCACUUAGGGGCAUAUCAGGGGCAGGUGAAGUAUGUGAACCCUGUUGAUCAGUGUGUCACUCUUCAGAAAGUCUUCCAUAAUGGCAUUCCCCUGUCUCCACAGGAAGUCGUCAUCAGAGCUGAGGAAAUAGAAAAUUUGAGUAUUCUGAAAAAGGGAGAAGGAAGGAGUGAUACAUCUGCUGUCAGCACUGUGAAGAAGCAGGGGAAGAAAAUGACUAAGAUCCAAGGGAAUUUUUCGGGCUGUGAUCCAGUAGUGAAGAAUGGCACAAAUGGAAGAGGCAGUCGUACUACUGACCCCAGUGACAAGAAUGGAACAAAUGGAAGAGGCAGUCGUACUGCUGACCUUAGUGACAAGAAUGGGACAAAUGGAAGAGGCAGUCGUACUGCUGACCCUAGUGACAAGAAUGGAAGAGGGAUUCGGAUACCUGAUCCUGUAGACAGGAGUGGGAGAGGGAAUCUGCCUGACUCCUCUAGUCGUAAUAUUCGUAUCUUACCAAGUGAGAGCUUGGGUCGCUCUCCUGACAAGCGAGAAGUUCAGAGGCAGAGGCAAGCUGAGAGAGAUGAGGCCUGCUUUGGCACUCCUGCUGUUUUUGAGGAGAUCAAUGGUCAGAAGCCAGACUUAGUGAAAGGGGUUGAGGGGCGAAAGAAGAAUGCCAAGUACAAGCAUGAGGAGUCGGUUCUUCCAUCAUCUCUUGUGACAAGAAGCAAGGAGAACUCUUGGGUGUCAGAUGAUGGGAAGGUUGUGCCAGGUUUGAGUCUGAGCAUGAGGGAAGACAUCUUCAAGAAGGCAAAGGAGAAUGGUCUCAGUCUGGAAAGGCAGCUGGACAUGAUGGGUCGUGGUGCAGUAGAAAUGGUCCUCCAGCUACUUGGUGGCAGCCAGAGGUUGAACUCAGGGAACUGUCAUCAGGCUCCUUGUGUGGUGAUUUUGUGUGGGCCAUCAUGGCAGGGUGCAACAGCCUUGAAUGCAGCUCGCCAGAUGGCAUCUCAUGGGAUCAAGACUGUGGUUUAUCUCCCUGACUUACCAUCAUCUCCACCCUAUGUUCUCAAGGAGCUCAAGCUGUAUAAACUCACCAAUGAAUCCCUCACAACGUCUGUCCUUGGUCUUCCAGACACAUCAGUGGACCUAGUUGUGAAUGGGACUGAGAACCAUGAAGAGGCAUGUAGUCCACAGGGGAGUUGGCUCACCCCUCUGGUGCAGUGGGUGGCCCAGUGCAAGGCCCCAAUCCUAACCCUAGAUCCUUCUGUCUCAUUCCAAUCUAGCCCCAUCAAGGGAAAAUGGAACCUAGUGCCCCUGUUUCCCCUCAUUUAUCAGGGUAGCACCCCCCCACAACCCCUCUAUGUUUGUGAUCUCGGCAUCCCUGCCCUCAUUUUCUCCCAAGUGGGUGUUCAAUAUCGUUCCCCAUUUGGAGCAAAAUUUGUCAUACCUGUGCAUCCUCGCUCUUGACUUACCUGAAAUUUUGUUUCCAUCUCCAUCCAAGCAGUCAGUUCGUCAUCUCGUCAUCUACUGGUGUCAGUGCUUAUGGUUCCUUUGCAUUGUUUUCAUGUUGGCACAUCAUGGAGACAGUUCAUACCUCUGACACCUGAUUGCUUUUUUCACUCUUUGGAGUUUGGAUUCUGGGUCAAAUUAGGUCCAGAGAGUAUGAUGGUAUCCUUGCCAGUGUCAUCUAUGAUAUGAAUUUCUGCAGGGGGCUCUUCCCUCAAGAAUUAGU